AAAAAAAAAAAAUUACAUAGCCAUAGGAUAUUUAGGAAUAGGAAUUUUGGCAUGAGAAGGUAAACUGUGAAACAAAGAAAAGAACGGAGGCGGAGAAGAAGUCUUACUACUGUUCCGUCCUUUUUCUCCAUCGCAUUCUCAGGAACAAGGAAUGUAUCAUAAAGUAUAUGAGACUCGUAGUUACAAUGCUAAGGACAAGGUAAAAUACAUGGCAUGGACGAGUGAGAUGGACCGUUGCCUUACUGAGAUUCUUGUUGAGGAAGUGAAAAAGGGAAACAAGAUAGACAGCACUUUGAAGCCUGCAGCAUACAGAGCAGCACUUACAGCCUUAAAUGAAAAUUUUGGCCUUGAUUUGACAAAAGAACAUAUUAGAAAUCGGCUAAAAACAUGGAGGAAGCAAUUUGGGAUCUUAAAGGAACUCCUUGCUCAUAAGGGAUUUAAGUGGGAUGAGACACGAAAGAUGGUUAUUGCAGAUAAUUCUGUCUGGAAUGACUACAGCAAGGCUCAUCCUGAUGCCAAGCAGUUCCGUGCAAAGUUCAUUGAAAAUUAUGAUGAAUUGUGUAUUAUUAUUGGCAAUGAUCAAGCAAUGGAAAGCAUUUCUGAUAGUGAUACUGAAAUUAAUGAGGACUUGACAGUCGGUAGGGAGGGUGUGGAUGCAGGCAUUGUGUCUGAGAUUCAGAGUGAUGACAGGCAUACAAAAAACUUAAGGUGGACAGAAGAAAUGGAUCGUUGCCUUGGUAAGAUUCUUGUGGAACAAGUGAAUAAGGGGCAUAAAAUAGAUAAAAUUCUACAGCGGGAAGCAUACGAUGCUGCUGUUUUGGCUUUAAAUGAAAGAUUUGGGCCUGAUUUGACAAAAGAACACAUUAGAAAUCGCCUGAGAACUUGGAGGAAGCAGUAUUUGAUCUUGAAGGAACUCCUUUCUCAUAGUGGUUUCAAAUGGGAUGCAAUGCAGAAGAUGAUCAUUGCAAGUGAUUCAGUAUGGGAUGACUAUGUCAAGACUCACCCUGAUGCCAGGACUUUCCGCAAUCGAUUUAUUCAAAACUAUGAUCAGUUGUUCAUUAUCUUUGGUGAUUCUCAUGAGGCUGCAGAGCCUGUUGAUGUUAUUGAUGUCUCCCCUGUUCGAUGCGGUGGAAAGGCAAAAGAUCUAGGGAAGAACGUGAGGUGGACAUUUGAAAUGGAUCGCUGCCUUGGCAAAGUUCUUGUUGAGCAAGUGAUACUUGGAAAUAAAAAUAGAUUAGAUAAUAAAUUCAAACCUGCCGCAUAUGAAGCGGCUGUAUUGGCUAUAAAGGAACGAUUUCAUCUUGACUUGACAAAGGAUCAUGUUAGGAACCGUCUCAAAACAUGGAAGAAACAGUAUGAUAUUUUGCAAGAACUCCUGGAUCAGAGGGACUUUGAAUGGGAUGAGAGACGGAAGAUGGUAAUUGCAAACGACUCAGCUUGGAAUGAAUAUAUCAAGAUAAACCCUGAUGCUAGGACUGUUCAAGGACGAGUCAUCAACAACUAUGAGGAGUUGUGUGUUAUUAUUGGUUGCAAUGAUCCACCUGAAAGCUCAGUAAAUUUAGCUGAGAAUAAUUUGGAUUUAAUUGCUGAGAAUGAAGCAGUAGUUGCUGAGGAAACGUACUAUAAUGAGGUUGACAAUGCAAAAGAUAAAGGAAAGUACAUAUCUUGGACAGAUGAGAUGGAUCGAUGCUUAACUCAGUUGCUAGUCCAGCAAGUGAUGUUGGGAAAUAAGCUUGAUAAAAAUUUUAAGCCUGUAGCUUAUAUGGCUGCUCUUACAGUUCUCAAUGAGAAGUUUGGGUUGGACUUGACAAAGGAAAACAUAAGAAACCGGUUGAAGACAUGGAAGAAACAGUAUGGACUUGUUAAGGAACUCCUAUCCCAUGGUGGGUUUGAGUGGGAUGAGAGAUAUAAGAUGGUUGUUGCUACUGACUCUGAUUGGAAUGAAUACAUAAAGAGGUAUCCGGAUGCAAGGCAAUUGCGAGCCAGGUCUAUUGAAAAUUAUGAUGACUUACGAAUAAUAGUUGGCAAUGAGGCACCAAAUGGACAUUGGUUUGAAGCUGGUGCCACACUUAGACUUGAAGGCAAUUCUUCUUUCAACGAUGAAGAGCACGUUGAAACCCCGGUACAGAUGUUUGCUAAUGAAGAAAUGUCACAUGAAGAUACUAGUGAUGGCAUGCAAGGUUCAUCUCAGCAGACAAGAGCUAGGCCUUCUUCAUCAUCUCAUUCCAAACGGCUGUUGAAGAGGAGACGUUCAAGUGAUGUUAUGUUAAAAAUGAUGAGUGCCAUGGCUGCAGAUAUUGGUAGAAUAGCCGAUGCAUUGACGGAAAAUAAUAAGACCGUGUGCUUGGAUGAACUGUUUGAAAUGGUACAAACAAUACCUGGCUUUGAUGACGAUCUUAUUAUUGAGGCAUGUGAAUAUCUUUCUUUUGAUGAGAGGAGGGCGAUGAUGUUCAUGAAGUUGAAUGAGAGGUUAAGAAAAAAGUGGUUAUUAAAACGUUUGCGUGGUCAGGGUAAUUAGAAUGCCUUGUUAAUUUUGUCGAUAUAUAGUUCUCAUUUUGUGAAUGGGUUGAACAUGAAUAAAAUAUUCAUUUUUCCUAUCGUA